AUGUCGCGCCACAAGAACGUCAGAAAUCUUGAUCUUGAUGAUGAAUUGGAUGAUUUUGACGGUGGAGAUGAUUACGGUUAUGAGGAGGAGGAAGCUGGGGAAGGACUGACCGCGGAAGAUCAAGAACAAAUGCGACAAGGAACAAUCAAAGUUCGAGAAGCUUUACCUUCCGGUACAAGCAAGAUCACAGAGAAACAAAUACAAGAGGCCUUGUGGCACUACUAUUAUGAUGUAGAGAAGUCGGUGAAAUACUUGGUAAACACAUAUCUUCCAAAAGUGCCCAAGAAAGUUGCAGGAAACAAAAGUUCUGAGUGUUACAUUGGAGUCUCUUCUUCCCAGACAUAUACCACCACCUCAUCCGCCAAGAACUUCUUUGCCAAUAUCCCGUGGUUUGACCUACCUCCGGAACGUGUUGCGAUUUUUACACCUCCGCCACAAUAUCCAGGCGGACUUUUGGGAGGUUCUGCGGAGGGAGCUCCAAAAACGUCAAAGUUGCAGGCUCUAGCCGCGGCACGCAGGAAAAAGGCACAAGACCAGCAGAGUUUGACCUCGGAAGUUGAAAAGCCCAUGGCCAAUCUCUCUCUGAACAAGGCCGGGGGUGAUAGCACAACAGAACUUCACGACAACAAAUCUGUCAGCAGUAGCGGUGACUCUUUAUCUAAAGAUGCGAAGUAUGGAGGAUCACCAUUCAGGAAGCGCAAAGAUUCUAAUCCCCACGAAAAAGUUCUGAAGCCGCAACCUACCUCUAGGAACCAUCAGACAGAGAUUGAGCCCUUAGUUGAAUCUUCUCCCGUCUAUCAGGCCAGCCCAUCUGCAUUCGCUAGUACCAUGUUCCAAACUGCAAGCGUAACACCGAGGUCUCGGCCAGAGAACAAUUUUACCAUGCCGUACUCUUCAGAAGUUCUGAACACGCCAGCUAAUCCUUUUGCAGGACCUAGUCCAGACGACGUUGUCAUAGCAGCGCAGUCGAAAGCCGGCGGUAAAGGACGAAAAGGAACGCCAAAGGAAUCACCAAAUGAAUCACGGGGCUCCAAUGGUGUUGAUGCGUCCAAAGUUGAUGAUGUGCCAAGAGCAACGAGCAAAAAUUUAGAUGUUCUAGCAGAGUUCGAGAAAACAAAAAGUCAUGUUGACGCCGGAAAAAGCACUUUAAUGGGUCGUCUGCUUUAUGACUUGAAGGUAGUAGAUCAGAGAACGGUAGAUCGGUAUCGCAAGGAGGCAGAAAAAAUGGGGAAGUCAUCAUUCGCUCUUGCCUGGAUUCUGGAUCAAGGAACGGAAGAACGAAGUAGAGGAGUGACGAUUGAUAUUGCGAUGAACAAGUUCGAAACCGAAAAGACAGUCUUCACCAUUCUUGAUGCUCCUGGUCAUCGCGAUUUCAUUCCAAACAUGAUUGCUGGAGCAAGUCAGGCAGAUUUUGCUGUGUUGGUAAUUGAUGCUAGUACCGGAUCUUUCGAAUCAGGAUUAAAGGGUCAGACAAAAGAGCAUGCACUAUUAGUUCGAAGUAUGGGUGUUCAAAGAAUCAUUAUAGCAGUCAACAAACUCGAUACUGUCACUUGGUCACGAGAACGUUUUGAUGAGAUCUCGCAACAAGUUUCUGCCUUCCUCAUGGCCGCUGGCUUUCAAGAGAAGAACAUCAAAUUCAUACCGUGCUCUGGACUUAACGGUGACAACAUCGUUAGAAAAUCGACGGAACAAGAUGCGGUAUGGUAUACUGGACCAACUCUUGUAGAAGAGCUUGAUAAUUCUGAGCCUGUAGCUAGAGCCUUGAACAAGCCUCUGCGCUUAACAAUUGGCGAUGUUUUCCGCGGCGGUGUGCAAAAUCCAUUAAGUAUUUCCGGACGUAUCGAAGCUGGAUCUCUCCAAGUUGGAGAUCCACUCCUUGCACAACCUAGCAAUCAAAAGUGUUUUGUCAAAGGACUUGAAGUCGGCAACGAAACUGUAGAUUGGGCAGUCGCUGGUCAAAAUAUCACAAUGCAUCUGAGUGAUAUUGAUCCUAUUCAUCUCAAGAUCGGCGAUGUCCUCUGCUUACCCAGUCAACCUAUAAGUAACAUCAAAACUUUUACAGCAAAGGUGUUGGCGUUUGAGUUCUUGACACCGAUGCAAGUGGAUGUUCAUAGAGGGAGAUUACAUACUGCGGGUAAAAUCAAGGAGAUUGUGGCAGUGCUAGAUAAAGGGACGGGACAGGCUAUUGGUAAGAAAAAGCCGAGGAUUGUUAAACCGGCGCAGGUGGCUAGGGUGGUAGUUGAGUUGGAGACUUCGGUGCCGUUGGAGGCGCCUACGAGAGUUAUUUUGAGGAGUGAUGGAGCUACGGUUGCGGCAGGGUUGUUGGAGUAG